UCACGAUUGCCGACAAUCAAAUUAUGUUACAAUUUAAUAGUAUUGACAUUUUUGUGCAAAAGCCAGGUAGCCCGGAUUGGUGGGUCACAGAAUUGAACGUUUUCGAUCCUCAACCCCCGGUCUAUUAGAUACCUACAGUCUAAUGAACACUAGGAAAAACAAAGUAGACUACCGGGCUUUAUGUAAUGGUCCAGAACGCAAUGUCAGUAAACAACGCAACGACAAGCAAGAAAGGUGGUCCACUACAAAAUUGUUUGAUCUUGAUUUAAUUGAGCAGAAAGACGAUUUGUGCUUAGUGCAUUACAUUGGCUGGGACAAAAAGUACGAUGAAUGGAAAGCAAUUGAAUAUGUUGUGGAUUUGAAGAGCGUGAAUGAGAAUGCUGAAGAUCUCCUAAUUCAUUCCAUCAAGGUGAACAUCAAACAAACCCUAAUAGCAUCAUGCGUCCAGAACCCAGAUGUAUUAAUUUAUAUACAAACACAACAGGAAACUUAUGAAAAUUUGUUUUCAAGUGUGGACAAAUAUUUAAGUUUAAAAGAAGCUGCUGCUAUAUUUGGUAACAAUUUUUAUUACCGAAUAUUGAACGAACAUGGUGAUACCGUUUACAUUGCCCCUGAAACACUUACAAUAAGAUUGAAAUGUAACGGAGUACUUGUCGAAUAUACAACUGACCUCAAGAAAGUAAUUACUCAUAAAGGCUUCUCUUGCCUAAUAAAAUUUGUUAGAGUCUGUGGUAAGGUGGCAGAUAUCCCACCUAUUUAAUUUCAUUAGCAAUUAGAGAUUUGAUAUUGAAUAUUAAUAUUCAUUAGUCUAAAUAAUUGUAGCUGUUUUUAUUGCCGUUGUGAUAUUUUAAUCAUGGAGUUAUGUUCAAUGUUUAUAUUUUUAUUUGUUUUAUUUGCACAUUUGCAAGGCAUUGUUUCACUUCAUUGGACAGUUACUGUUAAUUCUCACAAAGUCCUGCAGUUUAUUAUUCAUGCAAAU